AUGCCGAGGAUUAUCUCUGGCUGUCCAAUGCUUGAAAGCUUGGCAUUGUAUUACUGUGGUGUAUUUCAGUUUCUUGACCUACGUAAGUCAUUGAGUCUGACAAGAUUAGAAAUAAAGCACUGCUCUUGGGCUUCACGACCAACUAAGAUUAUAGCUCCACACAUUCAUUAUUUGAGAUUGAAAACCUCAGAAACAUGUAAAUUAGUGGACGUCUCUUCUUUGUCUGAGGCUUACCUUGAUAUUGGCAUCUAUGAACGGUUUAAUCGAAAGGCUGAUUUACUUCUAGCUACGGUGUUAAAGAUGCUAGCAAAACUACGGAAUGUAGAGAGACUUACUGUUAGUACAACCGUUCUUCAGAUUCUAUCUGCUGCUGAGAUCCGUCGUUUUCCUUUCCGAGCGCUCAGAGUUCAAACUUUGAUUGUUAAAACACAGUUAGCCCGAUCUUUGAUUACUGGUAUAGCAUGGUUGCUACAAAAUUCACCUGACUUAAAGAGGCUAAUAGUACAGACAACGGACAAAGGCAGCAUGUGGGUUGAUGAAUGUGUUGAUAGCUAUCUGGAUACACAAGGCUCGAAAUUGGAUAAAUUAUGGAGAUUAAAAUAUGGUGCCUUUCCUCCCUCACGUGAGAUGUAUUCGAUGUUGCAUUCUGAAGAUUCAACGUGGAAACUAUUGGCUUCGUUCAUAGAAUGUCUGCUGAGAAACACGAAGACGCUAGAGACGCUGGUUAUAUGGCUGGGAGCAUUUCACAAUGAAUCUCAUGACUGGGCUAAGUGA